UCCUUGUAUUAUUUAUACAAAGUAUGAUUAUUAUGUCCUAAUUAAACAAGCAUUGUGCAAUGAAUCAAACAACACCAUCUCUUCCAUCACUAGAAGUGUUAAUGGACCUUGAGAAUGACAACAAUGGUAGAGAAAAUAGGACACUAUGGGUGCUCAAUCCUCCGGAGCCACCAUGCAUGCUGCGUCGUGUCGCGGAAAAUAUCAAGGACAACAUCUUACAUUAUUCGAUUCAAAAUCGAUUCUUUUCUCUCAAACAUCAAUCUUCUCCAAAAUUAGUAUUACCCUUGUUGUUUCCUAUCCUUAAUUCAUUCAAAAACUACAAUGUUCACAAGUUCAAGUGCGAUGUCUUAGCCGGUCUUAUCCUCGCAAUCUUUGCUAUUCCACAGGCUAUGGGAAAUGCGAGUUUGGCGAAGAUGAGUCCAGAAUAUGGCCUAUAUACAAGUAUUGUGCCACCUCUUAUUUAUGCUUUGAUGGCAAGUUCAAGGGAGAUAGUAAUAGGACCUGUAACUGUGGAUUCAUUGCUACUUUCAUCAAUGAUUCAAACAUUGAAAGAUCCUACAAAUGAUCCUAUUGCUUAUACUCAGCUUGUUUUGACUGCAACUUUUUUUACUGGUGUCUUCCAAGUUGCUUUUGGAUUCCUUAGGUUUGGGUUUCUGGUAGAUUAUCUUUCCCAUGCCACAAUGGUAGGGUUCUUGGCAGCAGUUGCCAUAGGCAUUGUACUACAACAAUUCAAAGGAGUAUUUGGAAUCAGACACUAUACCAACAAGACUGAUUUAAUUUCUGUCAUUAAAUCUCUUUGGACAUCCUACAAAACUCAAUCAGAGUGGCAUCCUUACAAUUUUAUUAUUGGAUUCUCAUUUUUGUCUUUCAUCAUACUUGCCAGAUUCCUUGGGAAAAAGAAAAAGAAAUUAUUGUGGCUGUCACACAUGGCUCCUCUUGUUUCAUUCAUCAUAUCAACUGUUAUUGCAUAUAAAGUAAAUUUUCAUCAAAUUAAACUUGAGGACUAUAAAAUUGAAGUCUUAGGACCAAUCAAAGGAGGUAGCUUAAAUCCAAGUUCACUCAACCAAUUACAACUUGACGGUAACGGUAAAUAUUUGGGUCCUUUAAUCAAAAUAGCGUUGACUGUUGCUAUUAUUUCAACCACGGAAUCUGUAGCUGUUGGCAGAAUAUUUGCAUCACUUAGAGGUUACAAUAUUGAUCCAAACAGAGAAGUUUUAUCCUUAGGCAUAAUGAACAUUUUUGGAUCCUUCACUUCUUGUUAUGUUGCAUCAGGUUCAAUUUCACGGACGGCUGUAAAUUAUAACGCCGGCUCUCAAACAACGGUAUCGAGCAUAGUGAUGGCACUCACUGUGUUGAUGUCCCUUAAAUUUUUAACAAAACUCUUAUAUUUCACUCCAAAAGCAAUGCUAGCAGCAAUAAUUCUUUCAGCUGUACCAGGACUUGUUGAUUUUAAAAAAGCAUUUGAAAUUUGGAAGGUUGAUAAAUUAGAUUUUCUUGCUUGUGCUGGAGCUUUCUUUGGAGUUUUGUUUUCAUCUGUGGAAAUGGGCCUUGCAAUUGGGGCAGCGAUAUCAUUUGCGAAGAUAAUUGUGAUUUCGAUUCAACCUAGCAUAGCGGUUGUUGGAAGGCUUCCGGGAACGGAUACAUUUGGCGACGUAGAACAAUAUCCAAUGGCGGUUAACAUGCCUGGUGUUUUGGUGGUCUCUAUUAAAUUUGCUUGGCUUUGUUUCGCAAAUGCAAGUCCUAUUAGGGAAAAGAUCGAGAAAUGGGUGAUCAAUGAAGGUGAAAAUAGUAAAGGAGAAAGCACUAUCAAAGUCGUCAUUAUCGAUACAUCAAGUCUUGUGAGUAUUGACACAGCAGGAAUAACUUCUUUGGUGGAGCUGAAUAAGAAUCUUACAUUACAUGGAGUGACAUUAUCCAUUGCUAAUCCAAGGUGGCAAGUAAUUCACAAAUUAAGAUUGGCUAACUUUGUGAAUGAAAUUGGAGGAAGGGUUUUCUUGUCUGUGGGAGAAGCUAUAGAUGCAAUACUUAGUGCUAAAAUAGCUACCGUAUAACUAACAAAUAUUUGUUAGUUAUUUGUUGAUUUUACUAUAUAAAUGUUUACAAUUUUGAUAAUUAUAAUCAACAUCUAUAUCAUAUACUCUAACUAUCUCAAACAUUUUUUUUUUAGAUAAAAUCUCAAACAUCAUCUUUUAAAA